CACAAAUCACAAUCAAAUCAUCUUUUUUUCUCCUAAUCCAAACCCUCCCCCUGAAAAUCCUUCCCAAACCAUCCACACACAUAAAUUAAAAAAAAAAAAAAAAAACCUCCCGUCACACAAAAAAAAUUCGAAUCCCAUUUUUUUUCCCCAUAUAUACCUUCCCCUAAAAAUAAUUGUCCUAAAUCCAUCACAUGGCCGCCAACCGCCUUCACUCUCCCCCUGAGCCCUCCCAAACUAACCAACAAUCACCGCCGCCGCCAUCUUCUCCCCCUAGCCCUUCUUCCGGCCGGUACAGAGGAGUCCGGGCCCGGAGCGGGAAGUGGGUGUCGGAGAUCCGGGAGCCCAAAAAGACGACCCGGAUUUGGCUGGGGACGUACCCGACCCCGGAGAUGGCAGCCGCCGCAUACGACGUCGCAGCGCUGGCGCUCAAGGGGCCCAACAACACCCUCCUCAACUUCCCCAACUCCAUCUUCUCCUACCCUAUCCUCCCUCCUUCCGCUUCCGCCGCCGACAUUCGCGCUGCCGCCGCCAGAGCUGCCCUCGCCCUCCUGCCCAAACCGGUUUCGGUUCCAACCAUCGCUGGUCCGGACGCCUCCUCGGAAGAGAAAGUGAUAAUAGAGGACAUGGAUGAGCUGCUCAACAUGCCGAACCUGCUGGUGGAUAUGGCGGGAGGGAUGAUGGUCAGCCCGCCGCGGAUCCAUACGACGUCGUACGAACCGCAGGAUGAUUCGUGCGGCGGCGGCGGGGAGUCGCUCUGGUCGUAUCACUUGGGGAAGUGAGAACAGAAGAAGAAAAAAAAAAGGGAAUUUACCAUGGUAAAAUCUACACUACUUAUAGAGAUUAUUAUUAUUAUUAUUACACGGCAUGUAUGCUAACGUGUUGGUUUCUUUCAGCCCCUAAUUACUGGUACGUACUGCAACUACUAUAGCUUUUUAAUUACCAGAUGUGUAUUAUUUUCAGUAUUUGUGUGGAGUAAUUAUACAACAGUGUGUUGUUUGUCGAGUUGCAUGGCACGAUUGACAGAAUUUGUGUGUACAGAAAGAACACUUGUGGCAGGUUAGAGAUGGAGACUCGUGCUGCAUGCCAUGGUUUUUCUGUGCAGGCAGGCAGGUGAAAAAACAGAAAGAAAAAAAAAACUGAACAGAGAUGUUCAUCAUAUAUUCUAUUUCAUGCUAUCGCUUAUCAGAAUUUAUUAUGGGUCCUUUGCCAGGCCGUACGCGUCUCUGCUGCUGGUUUAAUUUGGCGGGGGGCGAUGGAAAUAAAAAAGUUUUGCUGCUGGAGCAACAGGUAAUUAGCAUCCAAUAAACCAUUUUAAGGGGUUUUGCAUAUUGACAACAUAACCGCGGCCUUUCCCAUCCCUACGGGACUGCGGCUCUUCCGAAAAAACAAUCACCUCAAGGCUUGUUAGUGUUGCGGUAUAUGAUACACGAUGGAACCUCGCUUUCAACAACUCAAGUUAUUGGAAUCAACUGAUUCUUGACAAAGCUGAUGCAUAUAAUCUCCACCGCUGGGGAGAAGAAUCCUGUGGGGUCGAAUUCCCAUCCCCGCCGCGAGAUUCAUGCCGGAUGAGAGAUCCAGACCAAGAACGUCAGAGAGUUUGGAAGAUCUGUGUUGAGCUAUGUGGUUUUCUGAUUUUUUUCAUAUCUAUGAUGAUCUGGUACUGGUUUUCCCUUCACUUAUAGUGGUUUUGUUUUGUAGCGUUAGUUUUUUUUUUUUUUUUUAUAGAUCUGUGGUUUCGGAUUUUUCAUAUGUGUGAUCAGUUAGUGGUUUCACUGCAGGUAGAGUUUUGUUUUGGAACGGUUUUUUUUUUUUUUUUUUUUUUUUGUGUUCUGGUAGUGGGUAAUGUUUUUACUUUGAAAUGAUUUUUGUAACGCUAUUAUUUUUCGUAAUGAUAGCAACUGGUAUUGUUUUUGCCAAAAUUUAUAUAUGAUUUUUUUAUUUAUUCCAGUAGUGAUUCUCUUGCAGUGGCAAUGUUUUGUUAGGUGAAGGAAGUCUGCGGGAGGAAGACAGGGAGGUGGUCAGAGAAGCAGAAGGAGUGUGAAAGGGAUACUUGAGAAGAAGAAAAUGUAAUUAAUAGAAAUUUUUUAUUUUCAAAAAUGUAAUAUUUAAAAAUAAUAAUUAAUAAAUAUUUAUUUUAUCAUACCCAAAUUGUCUCUAGUUUGAACCUUCAAACGAUGAGGUGGUGCAUGGACAGAGACCAAACGUUGAUAUAGCUACUGGCUUCGAUCUUCAUUGAUUGAUCGUACAAAGUAAAGUGCCGCAACCAGCAAACUAGGCAUGCAAGGCUGCAAACCUCGAGCAGUGAUAAUUUGUAUUUUGAUAAUUUCAACAAAUUUGAAUCAUUGAUUUUCAUUUUAUGUCCCGAACUCUGAUUAAUUCAUGGUCUUAAUAAUAAAACUCAAUUAGCGUACGCUAACCUGAACUAUAUAUAUAUUUUUCUUCUUGGUAACAAUUUACUUGGUGCAUAUUCGAAGUAAAAUUCAUUAUUCCUUCCGCUGCCCUAAAGCAAUUUUUUUAAACUCCUUAUCGACGAACAUUCUAUCAAGUAAAUUAUUCUUUCGAUUAUAAAUAGAGGUGACAAAUGAAUUGAAUUCAUCGAAUGAUGGAUCGAAUUGGUGGAUCCAUGGAUCAAAUGAAUUGGUGGAUUCAUGGAUUGGAUCAAAUGGAUUAGUGGAUUGGAUCAGAUGACAUCUAAACAUUGGACCAAAGUGUAAAAUUUAAAAAGUUCAGGUACUAAAAUGUCAUAAUAAUAAAAAUUAAUGUACAACAACGUAACUUUCCAAAGAUAUUUUGUUGAAUAAUAAAUUUUAGGUAUUAAACUGUACAAUAAAAAAAUAGGUACUAAACUGUUAUUUACCAAUGAUCCAUGAAUCCACAAAUCCGAUUUGGAUUUGGAUUUAAUGAAUUCGAUUAGUUGGAUAUUUAAUUGGAUGGAUUAGAUUGAAUUUGUGGAUUGGAUUCAAAAUUGUCAGGUCUAAUUAUAAGUCACUUGUGACUAACACAUAGCUAGAUUUCCCACAAGAAAGUGGUGUAGACAGACACCUUAUUCAAUCAUGCACUAUCCUUUGUCAAUCAACUCUAGAAGGGGAGGAACACAAUACCUGGUGAUAGCAGUGACUCGAUCUAACUACAACAUCCCAAUUAACGGUCAAGUAUAACCGCCGACCGGAUUUAGCAUAGGGCAACCAAGCAAUAAGAGUUUAGCAUACCACAGGGAUCUAGGCUUACCCUACUUCAGAUUUAGGGUUAAUUAUCUAGUCAACCUAGGAUAAUGAUUAAUAAAAUUAAGCUAACUAACAUAUACUAACCACGAACCUAUCUAUUUAUAAGGUUUGGAGCUCUCUUGGGUUAAAGCCCCCUAUUUCUAACCUUUAGAUCGAUGUUGAGUACUAUCCUAACUCGAUCGAUUCACUAUCCUACCAUUAUGAGAUUGACUCACUCGGGACAGACCCAGAACGGCGAAGUGAUGGAUGGGUAGGAGCUCAAUUCAAACUAGGGUUUCAUAUAUUGCUAGGAGACCAAUCGAAUCAACUCCCUCGGGGAUUACCUGGACAAUAUACGAUAGGAGUGACCCGAAAAGGCCAAUAGGGGGCUCUAAGGGGAUUUUCUCCCUCCUAGGUCAAACCUCAAUUGACAAGUCAAGGAAUCCAAACUCAUUCAAUCCUUCCAAACAUUCAUCAAAUAGAUAAAUUCAUCAAUCAAAGAUAGAAUUUGUCAAAUUCAUCAACAAUGAAACAAAAUCUAGACCUAGGGUUCUUAAACCCAAGAGAAGAGGGUGAGUUUCUAGAGAGAGAAGAGAGAAACUAUAAAUUGGAGCCCAAGAUCUUCUUCUUCUUCUAGGCUUGAUUCCUUACUUUCAAACUUGAUCAAUGCCUUCAAUUAAGCUCCAAGAUCACUCAAGAACUCACACUCUCUCUCUAGAACUCCCCUUUGGUGUUUUGGGUCGAAACCCUAGCGAAAGAAACUAUUUCCUCUCCAAAAACCAGCUCUCCCUUUGCUUCCUUUUGCUGCUAGCUUUUAUACCCAGAUCGAAGGCCGUUCAUGGUCUGAGUUCACGGUCGUGAACUCAAAGCAUGGACCGUGAUCUCGGCCAGAAAUGCGUUGUUUCACUAAACCACUUCACGGUCUGGAGUUGAAGUUCACGGUCUUACGACCGUGAACUGACUUGGCGCUAGUAACCUGUAGAAACGCUCUGGAACCUGGCCAGUUCAAGAUCACGGGGCAAUUGUUACGGACUUUGGGCAUUUUUUCACUUUUUCACUCUUUUCGACCUCCAAUCGACCCGAAACUCGUCAUCGACCUUCCCACACGUACUAGGACCUGAAAUGUAACAAAACAAACACAACCUAGCGUAAAAUAGGUCGAGGGACGGUGAUCUACUAAGCAAAAUGGAUAAUAAAUGAGGGGUAAAAUG